AUGACGACACCUCUGCCGAGUACUGAUGGUAUGCGGGUGGCUGUGCGCGUGCGGCCUUUCAGUCAGAGAGAGAAGAAGUCUGGGAGCAAAUGUGUGAUUUCCAUGUAUUCCGGGACCAUACAAGACCCUAAGAACCCAGAACAUAGGAAGACAUUUACUUUUGACCUGGCAUAUUGGUCUCAUGAUGGAUUUCAAAAGGACCAAGAUGGUGUGUUUAUUUCAGCUGAUCCUAGCAGUCAAUUUGCAAGCCAGACAGAUGUUUUCCACAAUCUCGGCCGGGGGAUUCUGGACAGCGCGUGGCAAGGCUAUAAUACCACCCUCCUAGCCUAUGGCCAAACUGGCUCUGGGAAAAGCUACUCCAUGGUUGGGUUUGGUGCCAACAAGGGUAUCAUUCCAAAGGUGUGUGAGGAGCUCUUUCAAGCAAUUGAGAAGAGGGAGGGAAAUGAAGAAUACCAGGUUACGUUCAGUAUGUUGGAAAUUUACAACGAGCAGAUAAGAGACUUGCUGUCUAGAACCAAGAAACCUGGGGGACUAAAAGUGAGGGAAGAUCAACAGCUGGGCUUUUAUGUGGAUGGCCUGAAGUCAGUGCCCUGUGAGAACUAUGCACAGAUUGAAAGACUGAUGGAACAAGGGACAAAAGUAAGGACCACAGCAUCGACCAACAUGAACGCCAGCAGCAGCCGGUCUCAUAUGGUUAUCACCAUUCAGUUCAAGCAGGACCGCCUUAUCUUGGGAUCCAACAGCGCCUACCUCUACAUUGGGUUUCCUUCGGAGCGAGGCAGUGAAGACUUGAGCAGGUUUGACUAUGACUUCUUCCAGCUGGAGAGAGCGGCUGCAGAGGGAGUGAGUGUGGACAAGCUCGGGGCCGCGAGCCGCGGGGACGGGAACGCAGACCCCAGCGCGCUGGCUGUGUUCCAGGACUUCGUCAAACUGAUGCCGCUGGUGGCGGAAGCGAAUCAAAUGGGCGAAGAGCUGGAGAAGGGACUCAGAAUGGAACUGAAGGUGAAGAAUUUAGCGUCUUCAGACUCCAGGGGCUACGAACUACAGAAAGAGGUCAUGGUGAAGGUGACACACCAAAGGACUCAUGAGGUGUGGAUCUGGUCGAAAGCCAAGUUUAUCAAUAGGAAAUUCCUAAUGGAGGAACUUUACCAGCGCUUCCUGGAGGGGGAAGACAGCCACGUGGCUCAGGAAGAUGACCCUUUCUGGGAUCCCGUCGAGGCCGUGCACCUGGGCUCGGCUCACGUGUGGCUCCAGCCCCUCGCCUACUGCAUGAAGCUCGAGGAGCAGGUGGAGUUCCUCAACUGCGACGGGAUGGAGGAGGCUGUGCUGCACAUCCACGUGACGCCCUGCUUCCCGGGGGGACAAGCACGUGGUGACGAGGAUGUGGUUAUGGACCCUUUGGAGCUGCUGGGCAAGAGGAUGGAUUUCCAGAUUGGCCUCGUGCGGUGUCUCGGCAUCAAGUGGCUCAAGGAGGGCGCGGAGCGGGGCGUCCAGAUGGGGUACAGAAUUUAUGAUCUUUCAAGCACUUUCUAUACCAAGCCUGUAUGGAAAACUGUGAAUCCCCAAAUAGAAGAGACUGUCCAAUUUACAGCCUUAAAUGCAUCUCAGGAGUUUCUGAACUAUUUACAAACAAAUGCUCUCAUUGUCGAAUUAUGGGGUCUUCAAGAAGGCUGUGCCCAACUGAACUCCUCUCAGCCAGAUGUCAUGGUCACAAGUGAAGUCCACAUCAUGGUGGACACCAAGAAAAUUUCCACAAUGAUGGAUAGAAGCCAGACCACCUCAAAUCAGAUAUCAGAACUUUAUAUGAAGUUGCUCAAGUUAGAACAGGAGACAGAACUGCUCAGAAACGUUAACAGAGCCUUGAGAGAGGAAAAUGUGCUGCUCAAACACUCACUCGAGAAAGCUGCUUCUGCCAAACCAGCACGUAAGCCUUCAGACGCCCUGAAGGUCCCUCCAACGCCAGCACAGCUGCCCUCAGCCAGGGACAGUCCUCACGUGUCCGCCCAGCGAGCCGGCUCGGACAGGGAGCUGGCCAUGGCCCUGAAGGUCUUCUACCAAAGCAUGAACGCGGCAAGAGGACAGUUUCUCAGACUGAGACAUUAUAAACCUCCUGAUGACGAUGGAUUGCUCCGACCGUUUGUGCACCAACAGUCGCAACGGCUAAAGGACUUCGGGGAGCUGCUGGAAUCCAGCUUGUGGAGACUGAAAAGCGAUGUUGCUCGCAUAGUGAGAGACAAGAGAGCGGGCCUGCUGCACCCCGGUAGCUGACCCGGAGCCCCUGCGCUGCGCCUGCCGCUCGCCGGGGCGGCCAGGGAGCUUCAUGCACUCGGCCCUCCGCUGAGCUGGGCACUCAACAUACCCAACCCAUUUCUCGGACGGCUUCCGUCCUUCGGUUUGAUUCCAAAUCCUGUAAAAACGAACCCACAUCCAGGGUGAAGGUGAGCUGGGGACGGGCCUGUCUCGGGCUGAAUCCUGUUCAAUCAGUCACUUCCGCACUGCAGCUGGAGGCAAGUGCCUUCCCCUCGCUAAGCCUCUCGUUCCCUAAUACAGACGAACGACAACAGUACUGACUGCUGAUGCUUAACGAGCAUGACAAAUACAGGGGCACCUGGGGGGUUCCGUUGGUCAGGCGUCUGCGUUCAGCUCAGGUCAUGAUCCCGGGUUC